CGCCUCCCUCCAGCCCGCAGCUUGGCGGAGGCGGCGCCUCUCCCUGAGAGCUGACCAGGCUGAGCGGCGAGCGGCGCGCGGCGGGAGAGGGACGGCGUGGGCCACCGCGCUCGGGCGGUGACAGCGGCGGCUGUAGGCGAGUGCGGUCCCCACACACGCACACGCACACGCCGCCGGGCAGGGACCCACGGCCCCAGGCGGCCGGCUGAGGCACGCACGCGGACACCCGCGAUCGGCGCGCACUCCUCGGCGCACACGCUCCCCAUCCCAGCGCGGCGCGGGCGUGGGCGCGGACUCGCCUCUGCGCGCCUCCCCGCGGAGUCUGCCCCGGGCCGACCCGCAGCAGCCCGCAUCCCCGAAGGCCCCGCCGGGAGCAGGCACCUUGGGGCUGACCAGCGGCUGCUCUAAGUGGGAGGUGAGCGGUGCUGGCCUGAGCCUCCUUGUGACUGAGAAGCACCAUGGCCAGCAUCGUAUGGGCCUCCCUGGCUGUUCUCCUGCUGCUGCCUCUGAUGGCCGCCAUGCACUCCGACUGCAUGUUCAAGCAGGAGCAGGUCCUGUGCCUGGAGAAGAUCCGGAAGGCCAACGAGCUGAUGGGCUUGAACGCCUCCUCCCAUGGCUGCCCUGGGAUGUGGGACAACAUCACGUGCUGGAAGCCCGCGCGCGUGGGCGAGAUCGUCCUGGUCAGCUGCCCCAAGUUCUUCCAGAUCUUCGAUCCAGACCAAGUCUGGGAGACAGAAACCAUCGGAGAGCUUGGUUUUGAAGACAUUAAGUCCUUGGAUCUCUCAGGCAUGAGGGUGGUGAGCCGGAACUGCACGAAGGACGGCUGGUCGGAGACCUUCCCUCACUAUUUAGAUGCUUGUGGGUUUGAUGAAUAUAAUGAAUCUGAGUCUGGGGACCAGAAUUACUACUACAUGUCGGUGAAGGCCCUGUACACAGUUGGCUACAGCACGUCCCUCGUCUCCCUCACCACUGCCAUGGUCAUCUUGUGUCGCUUCCGGAAGCUGCAUUGCACCCGCAACUUCAUCCACAUGAACCUGUUCGCGUCCUUCAUGCUGAGGGCCAUCUCUGUCUUCAUCAAGGACUGGAUCCUGUAUGAGGAGCAGGACAACAACCACUGCUUCAUCUCCACCGUGGAGUGCAAGGCCAUAAUGGUUUUCUUCCACUACUGCGUCGUGUCCAACUACUUCUGGCUGUUCAUCGAGGGCCUGUACCUCUUCACCCUGCUGGUGGAGACCUUCUUCCCCGAGAGGAGAUACUUCUACUGGUACACCAUGGUUGGCUGGGGGUCCCCAACCAUCUGUGUGUCGGUGUGGGCUGCGCUGAGGCUCUACUUUGACAACACAGGCUGCUGGGAUAUGAAUGACAGCACUCCUCUCUGGUGGGUGAUCAAAGGCCCCGUGGUUGGUUCCAUAAUGGUGAACUUCGGGCUCUUCGUGGGCAUCAUCUUCAUCCUCGUGCAGAAACUUCAGUCUCCGGACAUGGGAGGCAACGAGUCCAGCAUCUACUUCAGCUGCGUGCAGAAAUGCUACUGCAGGCCAGAGCGGGCUCAGCAGCACUCUUGCAAGAUGUCAGAACUGUCCACCAUUACUCUGCGGCUGGCGCGGUCCACCCUGCUGCUCAUCCCGCUGUUUGGGAUCCACUACACGAUCUUCGCCUUCUCCCCCGAGUAUGUCAGCAAGAGGGAGAGGCUGGUGUUCGAGCUGGGCCUGGGCUCCUUCCAGGGCUUCGUGGUGGCUGUUCUCUACUGCUUUCUGAACGGGGAGGUGCAGGCGGAGAUCAAGCGUAAGUGGCGGAGCUGGAAGGUGAACCGCUACUUCGCCGUGGACUUCAAGCACCGGCACCCGUCCCUGGCCAGCAGCGGGGCGAACGGGGGCACCCAGCUCUCCAUCCUGAGCAAGAGCAGCUCCCAGAUCCGCAUGUCCGGCCUCCCGGCUGACCACCUGGCCACCUGAGCCCCGUCCGCCCUCCUCUCCUCACGCCAGGCUGGGCUGCCAGUGGGCGCCGGCCACGCAUGUUGCCUCUUUUCUCCCUUCGGGCAGGCUCUGGGCCGGAAGCCGGGCUCCCCGAGGGGGGAGGAGGAUGCAGGUGCAGAGGGUAUUUCGCCCCCCUUCCAGUUUGGCGCUGGCCCCACCCACCACAGACCCCUGGGCCCUGACCCCAGACGUGUAAAUACUCAUCAGAUGUGGGAAAGUUGUACCAUCCGGUCCCUUCGUCUAGUGUCCCUGCCCACCUCCAGCAGGUCCCAGCACCACCGCCCCCGUCCCCCCCAGCCUCAGCGAGCGCCGGACCUGGUCCUGAGGCCGACACCCUUGCUUUGGGGGUUCGGGUGGGGCCAGCCGGACAGCCUCUCAGAGUAUCUGACUCUCGAGGGGACUCCUCACCAGCCGGGGGCCCUUCUCAGGCCUGCCCGUCGCCGAGGCCAUCCAGGGUCCCACGAGGAUGCCGGAGCGGCCUUCAGCGCAGGCCAGAUGUGAGGGCCCUCCUGCUCGCCCAACCUCUCGGUGUCCGGGUGCCCAGCUCCUGGGUUUUGGGCUGUGGGACCGCUCCAGGGCGCUUCCUUUCUGAGACUGCAGUCUGGGUGCGGGGCUAAAGGUCGGGGAACGUUCUGGUGCUUUUCAUUUGGCCCGUGGAAGACGGCCAAGAGCUGGAAAUGUGCAUCUGAUGGGAAGGAGAUGGACGGGGAAGGACCCAUGGAAGCCUUCACCAUCUCCGUGAUUCACCCGGACGCACGCGGGCAGGGAGUCACCCGGUAGCCUCCCUUCUGCUCCCCCCCACCCCCCCUCGCCCAGGCAUCAGCUGUGGAAGGAGAGAUGGAUGCCUGGGAAUAACUGCUCCCCAGCCACGUCCACCACAUAGAACCCCCAAGUCCUCCCUAGCUCCCUUCCCCUCAGUCAAAGCCAUGACUAGGAUGAAGCACCUUAGCCCUCCAUGGGCCCGAUUCCAGGCCCAGGAGCCCCCCCCCCUUAUUUCCCCCCUUGCCCCUCGCUACCCCGAGGAGCCCCAGUCACUAGCUCCUGGGGCUGGGCCUCAGCUAGGAAGUCUCUCUGAGACCGGGGCAAAGACCCCCGUGUGCUCUUGCCCUUGAGUCACAGGAAGGAUGCUGGGGUGUCCUCGAUGCUGAAGGGGAAGCCACACCCCCCAUGCCUCUUAGGAGAAACUGCAGAUGGAAGGAGUUGGGUACCCCAGCCCAGUCCUGGCCCCCCACAGUGUGAGGAGGAAAUGGGCCAGACCAGGUUUGGGGUGGGGUGGGGUGGAGGAUGGCGUUGGAGUGCCAUGCAUGACUCCAGUGUGGGCCUGGCGUCGUGCUGUGUCAGCUCUGAUGUCCCAGCUGAGUGUCUGUGGACUGGCUUCACGGUCGUGCCUGGGAUGCUGGUGGAGCUGGGGUGGACGGUGGGGGUGGCUUUGUCUGGUUUGAGAAGGAGGAAGGGGCCUGGCUUGUGAGCUGCUCGUUACUGGAGAGGCCGUCCAGCGACCGGGUAAGGCUGAGCUGUGUGGGUUGGAGAAUAGGAGGCCCUGGGUCUUUGGCAAAAUCAGAGGGCAAGGAGCUGCCUCCACUUCCUGGGCACAUUGGCGACGCAGGCUGGCCGUGGGCUGUGCUGCGGUCCUUCCGUCUGGCCUCUGACCUCGAGACCCCCCUCCCCUGCUCUGCGAGACAAGUGUGUUACCCAAAGGCGUGUCCACGGGCCACCUUGCACUCCGAGGGGCCUGAGCGGCUUGGAAGGGGCCACAGGCUGGGAUUCAGAGACAGGGGGCCUGCCGCCAGGCUCAGACCACUGGGCCUGUGGACAGAGCGCUCCCUGUCUGGGUCUCAGUUUCCCCAUUUGGGAGAUGAGGGGACUAAUGCGUCUCCAGGCUCUGUGCUUCCGUAAUCCUCCAGUCCAGGUGGAAAGCGGGUAAAGGGCGUCACCCAAGGUCUGGAUGUGUACGUUUGAGUAGGUAUGUGGGCGAUGCUGCUUAUUCUGAGGAAUGGAACAGCCGCCUCUUCCACGUGGACACCACAGCGGAAGCUGGUGGGCUGGAGGGAGGCGUCGAGCCAGGGACAACUAGACCAGUGGCUUGGGCAUGAUGUGCAGACCCAGCCCUGACCUUGGCCGGGACAGUGGUCACCUCCAGAUCGUGGGGUGGGGGAGGUGUCCCCCAAGCAUGGCCCUUGUUCCUUACCCUGCCCCAUCAGUAGGCCUGCUUCACUGUGAGAGAGGCUGUGACUUUCUAUGGAGACCACAUCAGCAAAAACAAAACCAGCCCCGAAUUCCCCGUGCUGCCGCCUGAGCCCUGGGCCUGGGUCCUCUUGGGCCCCAGGUUCCCGCUGGUUUGUCACUUUGUUUUUCUCUCUGAACCAACGAUUGCCCGUCGUGUCAGCCGAGGUCCCUGCCACAUUUGGGAUGUUCUAGGAGGCUAGGCAGCUGGCCUUCAGGGUCACAGGCAUGGGGGGCGAGAGCAUGAGGUCCGGGGAAAGCCUCGCCCUCUGGUCCUUUGUUUUCAAAUCUGUAAAAUGGACAGUAAGACUAGAUGGUUUGUCCCGUCCAAUGCACCUCUGGAUUCUCUGUCUAAACACCAGUCAUCUGCUGGGAAUGGGCCCUGGCCAGGAUCUCAGUGUCUGCCUGGUGUGGGAAGGAUAAGAAGCCGCAUUGAGUGACGAGGGGGAGGACGUGGGGAGUGGGGAGGCUGGGGAGGGGCAGAGUUCCCGACUCCGUGUUUCUACAAGGUCAUCGCCAGGAAGGGGGCGAUUCUUGCUCCAUGCAACCUGCAGGACAGAGCUCACCAGGGGAGGCUGAGCCCUCCUGGGGAUGAGGCAGUGUCGGAAAGGCCCAGCCCUGGGACAGCGGGACUCAGGCAGGGAGCCUGUGAGGGGCAGAGUGUGAGAUUUGGGGGUUCAGAGGCUCUGGUGGCCCCCAGGGCUGAGAGCUUUGUGACUGUCCCUAUGCCUGAGGCCCGGCCACAUCCUCUGUCUAGUGGGCAGCUCUCUGACCCACCCAGGGGCCUGUCCUUCUCGGACCCCUCCCCUCCCUGAACUGGCUACUCUGGGGGCCUGACAUUCCAGGCCACCCCCGACCCAGGGUGCUCUCACCUCCCCCUGACCCUGUCCCUUCCGGAAGGAAAGCUGGGAGAGGCUUCCUGUCAUUCUGUGAGUCCCCUUGACCCCCUCAAGGCCACUCCAAAGUGAAAGCAGUGAGUGCUUUGUCACCAUAGAUUCCUGCCUGAGCCUGGUGACCAGGGCACAGGGACCUGGGUUUCUCCCAGCUUUGCCGCCGGCCUGCUGUUUGGCCCUGACUCCUCUGUGCAUCUUCAGGGUGACUCACAAAGUACUAGAGGUCCAACCUCCCCCUUGGGCUGAUGACAAAAUGCAGGUGGGCCUAGCCUGGCCCUGCACCUGCUGGGAUCCCGUGCAAAUAUGCGUGAGGACAGGGCCCUGCACGGGGGGCCCCCCAUGAGACCCUCAGGGAAGCAUCUGUUCCAAACACGUUCUGCCUGGCGCAGGGCAGGGCUCUGGCCACAGAAGUUGUUAGGACUCCGGAGUGCAGGAGGGGUGGCGGGGUCACCGUCAUGUGGGGGACCUGUGUGCCACCCUGGGCUGUCCCUCCUGGCUGAACCUCCCUGGGCCGCUGCUUCCUGACUCGCGAAGCGGGAGGACAUGCUGUGCGUCUGUCCGCGGGCCAGGGAAGGGGCGGCAGUGAGACCCCUGUGAGAAAGGGCUUUGGUGACCACACGCGUGUGGGGAUGGUUAUUGGGGGAAGACCCCCGAAAGGCUCCCUGUGCUCUUUGUCAACGGCCCCGAGCCCUCCUGGGGUAACCUUUGUCCCGCCUGUAGAAACCUACCAGCGCCAAGGAGAGGCGAGGCCAGGCCCCGAUGGACACCCUGCCAGGGGUAUCUCCAUCGUGAGUCAGGUGGUUCUUGGGUUAGGACGUGGGUGCUGUCAGAGUCCCCUGCCACCCACAGGAAUCCUCCAGAGAUCUGGGACGUCCCUCAAGUGGGCCGCGUGCCCAUGCCCUCUCCUUCCCUGAACUCCAGUCCUGGAGUAUGUGUGCUUGGCCACGUGUGUCUUGUGCUGUGUCCGUCUGCCGUCGCUUUGCCCUGUGAGGACCAGUGUGGGGCCACCCUGGCAUCCCAGACGCGGCUCCAGGACCCCUGUGGGAGCCGGGUCAGCCUGGGCCAUCUCGCUCGGUAAAGACCAGCCACACAGACCCGCUCCCGCUGCCACUAUUAAUGCUGUGCUCACCCCUCGUCCGGGAUGUUGAGGAUGUCAAACUGCUGUAGACGACUCAAUAAAUGUCUUCUCAUUUUUC